CCCUCACCAAGUCAACUCUUCACACGACUAAGCUUCUCAUUUCUGAACCAAACUUGUCAUCUCUUCCCACUUCCACUCUCACCAUUGUCAUGGCUAGCCCCGUUGCGGUUCCCGAGGAGAAAGCUCCCAGCAGUUUGGUAGACGAAAAUGGCACUGAUGGAAGCAGCCGGUCACAGCUCGCCGAAGAGCUGGCUGUUAACGAGCGGGCUUUGAUAUUGAAAAUGGACCUACGCAUUUUGCCUGCCCUUGUAGUGGUCUACAUCAUGGCAUUCAUUGACCGUGUGAACAUCGGAAAUGCUAACCUUUUCUCGCUGAGCAAAGACUUGCACUUGAACAGCAACCGGUACAACAUCGCGCUCGCCGUCUUCUUCGUCUCGUACAUUGUCUUCGAGAUCCCAGCGAACAUCGUGAUGAAGAAAGUGAAGCCGCAUGCCUUCAUAUCUGCUUCCAUGUUGCUUUUCGGCCUGUUGGUGAUCAUACAAGGGCUCGUCCACAACUUCGGCGGCUUAGUCACAACGCGCUUUUUCCUAGGCAUCGCAGAAGCUGGCGUGUUUCCCGGAUGUUUCUACCUCCUAAGCAUGUGGUACAAGCGUCUCGAAGCCCUCAAGCGCUUUGCUUUCUUCGUCAACGCCGCUACAUUUGCCGGGGCUUUCGGCAGUCUCCUCGCCACCGGCAUCGGGCACAUGGACGGCAUACGGGGGUACCAUGCUUGGCGUUGGAUUUUUGUCCUCGAGGGGCUCGCUACGUGCGUGCUAGCCAUCGCGGCCUUCUUUGUCGUGUCCGAUUUCCCAGAGAAUUCAGGCUGGCUGAGCGAUGCUGAGCGCGCAUAUGUUAUUGGCAGGCUGAGAGAGGAUCAGGGCGAUUCUGCGCUGGCUACGACGUUUACGUGGAAGGGGACGCUGGUGGUGCUGAAAAAGCCCGAGACUGUCAUAGCAGGGUUCAUGUACUUCGGUCUGACAAUGUCCGGAUACAGUCUCGCCUACUUCAUCCCCACCAUCGUAUCCUCCUACGGCUACUCGCCGAUCCAAUCCCAGAUCCACUCAAUUCCGCCCUGGGCAGCUGCAUUCGGCUUUUCCAUGCUUGUCGCAUACUUGUCGGACAAAGUGCGCCGCCGCUUCCCCUUCGCGCUCUUCAGCUUCCUCAUGGCGCUGGCCGGCGUCAUCACGCUCUUUCGCCUGCAUCACAACAAGUACGCUCAGUAUGGGGCGCUCUGCUUGUACACCAUGGGCGUCUUCGGCGCCGUUCCAACCGUCAUUUGCUGGUACGUGAUGAACCUUGAGGGGCAUCAGGAAAGGGCGAUAGGUACAGCGUGGCAGAUUGCGUUUGGGAAUACGGCGGGGAUCAUCUCGACGUUUGCUUUUCCGGCGGAGGAUAAGCCGAUGUAUCGGUCGGGGUAUGCGACGGCUAUUGCUUUGCUGUGCUUGAGUUUGGGCGCUACGGUUGCGUAUUAUGUUUUGUGCGUGAUGGGAAAUCGGAAGAGUGAUCUGAAGAGGAAGUGCAUACUGUAAGAUCAGCAUCUGCUUGCAAGGCUGAAGGGGGAAAGUCAGAAAAAGAAGACAGGAAUUGUGUGGAAGACCUACAGGAUGAGUAAUGGUAGAAUAGAUAAAAAUAGAACCGGUGAGGCUGGGGAGAGUUGCGCAAGAACCACAAGCUAGACUUACCU